AAAGAGGAAGAGAGAGCAGAGAGAGGAGAGCAAAACUGAGGUUGCUGACACUGUGAGAGAAUAUUUAUUUUCUCAGCACUUAUCAUAUGGAAUAAAAACCUUGUUAAAGUGGGAUUUUCUUCAACCUGAAUUCAACUGUAAAACAGAUUUAAUCUCAGACUGAUUCUUCUGACGGGACUAGUUUUAUUAGGAUCCUACUAGUUGUCAUAAUACCAGUCUGUCUCUGAGAUGGGGUCUAGAACUCUUCUACUUGUUCUGGGUCUUCAUUUCACUCUUCUGGGGAACCUAGAGGCCAUAGAUUGCGGCCUGGGCUUCACAGCCAAAGGGAGAAAACAAUGUGAUGAUAUAGAUGAGUGUAAAGAGAAGGACAGUAAACCACCCUGUGGAAGUAAAGCCACGUGUUACAACACACAGGGAAGCUUCCACUGUCAGUGUCAACCUGGGUUCAUAUCCACAAAGACUUUCAAGUAUACUCCUCCCACUGGGGAGUGUAAGGACAUGGAUGAGUGUAAGGAGCAGACUGCUGAUUGCCCCAACAACUCAUCCUGUGUGAACACCCCAGGGUCCUACACCUGCAUCUGCCAGUCUGGGUACAAACUAACAGAGAGCAGGUGUGAGG